UGGUCUGUGCUUAUAACCUAGGAACCGAAGCUGUGCCUGUGGCUGGUUAAGGAAUCUCAACCACUGUAAUGAUUACUGGGUUAUGUCUGAUUUAAAUGAGAUUGGAGAACUUUAAAUUCACUAUCAAAAAGCCAACUACCGAGCAAAAGCAGCAGCAGCUAACUUUCAACAAUGACUUCUUGGCCCAAAACAGACAUGUCCGUGACCAACAGACCCCAUUUUUUCAAGAUAAUUCUAGACGACAACAUUCAUGAUAAGAAGCUUAGUAUUCCAAGAAAGUUUGUAAGGAAGUAUGGAAAAGAUCUGUCAAAUCCUGUACUUCUUAAAGUCCCUGAUGGUAGAACAUGGCAAAUGGAGCUGAUCAAGUCUGAUGGAGAGGUUUGGUUACAAAAUGGGUGGCAAGAAUUUUUGGAGUAUUACUCUCUAGCACAUGGGUCCUUUCUAGUUUUUGAAUACAAUAAGAGAGAUUGCCAUUUCAAUGUGAUCAUAUUUGACAAGACUGCAUCUGAAAUAGAUUAUCAUGUUAAUGUCACCAAUGGAGAAAUUAAAGAGCCAAAGAUGAUUGAAGAAACUGAAACUGAUGCAUCUGUUGAAAUCUCGGAUCACUUGAUGCUGAGCAGAAAAAGGAAAGGGAAAUCGCCAUUGCCGUUCUCUCAGCCGCAGAAGAAGGUGAAGCUUGAGACUCCCACAGAAAACACAAGCUUGCAUUGUUGUGGAAACCCAGUUCAAGGUAACAAGAAUCCACUGGCACAUGAACAAAGUAAUCAUCCUGCAGCCAUUGAAACUUCCAAAAAUUUUACUUCAUUGAAUCCUUUUUUCAAAUUGAUCAUUUCAUCUGGACAUCUGACUCGUCCCAUCGUGCAUGUACCACGCAAUUUUAUCAGCAACAUUAAGAAAAGUACGAAGAAAGCAAAGUUGCAAGUUGAAAAUAGAUGGUGGAUUGUGAAGCUGACCAUAUAUCCACAUCAUAAUAAAGGUCAGUUUCUUUCUGGAUGGAGUGUAUUUGUACGCGAAAAUUCGUUGCGAAAGGGAGAUGUUUGCAUCUUUGAGCUGAUUGAUAGGGAGACUGCGCUUGUAAAAGUCACCAUCUUCAGAAAUGCCAAGUAAAUUUGUUGCCAUUGCUGUGAGGCAGCCUGCAAUUUGAGCUAAUGCUUGGCCUCAGGAGAAUGUUUUUGUAUUGUGAAAUAUGACAGGAUUUUCUGUUAUUGGAAGGUUUAGAGGCAGUAAGCCAAGUAACUUCAUUAUGAUAAUUAAGGGAAAUGAUUCUCUUUUGGAACCUUUUUUCUGCUUUAAAGUGUUUUGAUGUUCUUUCAUAAAAUUAAUGGUAAGCUACAACUUAGCCUCUGUAGUUUUGUAAAACCUACACAUUAGUCCCUAUAUUUUCAAAAGCCAAUUAUCUAGUUAUUGUAAUUAUAAAAAGCCAACAAAAUUAGUCCCUAUGCAGUAGGAUUCCUUUACUCCAUUCACAAUUUAGUCCCUGUAGGCUAUAAUUUCAUACAACCCAACAAUUUAGUCCAUGUAGUUUAAAUACAUAUAGCAAAUUAGUCCUUUAAAAAAAAAAAUACAAAAUUGGUGUUCUAACAAUGUUUUUCAUGGUAGGGGGCCAAAUUUAUUUUUCUUUCAAAUGGACUAAAUAGCUGGAUUUCAAAAAUACAAGGACUAAUGUGUAGAUUUCAUUGAACUAAGUUACUAAAUUGUACUUUAACCAUGUGAUGGAGAGAAAUGCCAACUUAAUGAGAAAAGAAAAAAAAAAGCCAUAUGCAUCAAGCAGAUAAAUUACAGUUAAUGACUUCUUGUUCUGCAAGCCUGCUAUUGAAUUGUGAAUGGCAGAUUAUCGCUCUCUCUGGCUAAUUAAUUGCAGAACUAAAGCUUGUGGAUAAUAAUUAAGGAAUCUCAACUGGAUAAUAAUUAAGGAAUCUCAACCAGAUAAUAAUUAAGGAAUCUCAACUACUAUAAUUAAGUCUGAUUUAAAUGAGAUUGGACAACUUUAAAUUCAUCUGCAAAAAAGGCAACCACCUGGUUAACACUGAAGAAUAAAAGAAGCAACAGAGAAAGCAUCCAAUUUUCAACAAUGGCUUCUUGCCCCAGAAGAGACAUGUUCAUGGCAGAAAGGCCCCAUUUUUUUCAAGAUCAUUCUUGAGGAGACCAUUCAUGAUAAGAAGCUUGUACAGAUCUCUCCCUCUCUCUCUCUUGUAUAUGCUGUUCACUUAUUUUAAAAAAUUUUGCCAGGGCAUUCCAAGGAAGUUUGCACAAAAGUUUGGAGAGUAUCUGUCAAGUCCUGUACUCAUUAAAGUCCCUGGUGGUAGAAUUUGGCAAGUGGAGCUGACCAAAUUUAAUGGUGAGAUCAAACGAUCACUGGAAUCG